AAGAUAGCUUUCUUUCCAAGAUCGGCUGGGUCCCGGUGUCCUUCUCUCCCCCCAUGGAGAGGUGUCAAAGAGCCAGAGUGAUGCUGUUCAUUAUUCUGCGCUUCCGUCUUUCCCCCAUUGGCUCUGGAGCGCUUAUGCUGAGCUGGGGCUCGGUGACAAGAGGACUCGGCGUGUCAAUAAAAAGAGGGGCAGCCGAGGGACGGGAUCCAAAGGGGAAGGACCGGAGCCGGCAAGCAAAAGGGGGUCUCCUCUGAAAUCCAUCCCCAUUGAUGCCAGAAGCCUGAAAGCAGUGUGCAGAGAAAGAGGAGAAGAGUGGAACUUUUCAAAGGCAGCUCCGAGGGACAUCCACUUGCAGGAGAGAAGCUGGGACAUUUUCCAGACUUUGGGAGUUUUUUGUGCAGGUGUCAGUUGGGAAGAAUGGCGUGGCAGCUUUUGGGACUGAGCAUUUGCUUUUGUCUGGCUCCUUCUGCUUUUGGAGACUGUGCUACUCAAUGCUCCGCAUGUGCUCUGCAGGUCCAGGAUGUAGAGAAGCCCAUCAAACCCUUGAUCUGCUCCCUCGAGUGCCAAGGCUCCUUGCCAUCCAGGGCAGAAUGGGAGAAGUGCAGAGAAAGCCUGUCCACCCUGAUUCCUUUCUUGAUGGAGGAGGAGGAGGCCAAGAGACCUUUCCAGUUGGAGGAAGAGGAGGAAGGACCCCAGGAGCCAUAUUCCAGUCUGGCCAAACGUUAUGGCGGAUUCAUGAAGAAGCUGGACAAGAACAGGAUCUUCUCCCUGCUGCGUGAGAACGCCCUCAACAAGGGUGGCGUCAGCAAGAAGUACGGUGGGUUCUUCCGGAAGGUAGGAGAGAGGGCGGCCUCGGAGCCAGGGGUGGAAGACUACCCCGCGGUGCUUGAGACUGGAGACCUGGCCUACAAUGGGGCAGAGUCGGAUACGGGGUCUCUCAAGGAUGAGACAAAACGUUAUGGGGGAUUCCUCCGCAAAUACCCCAAGAGAGGCUACGAAAUGGUAUCCACCACUGAAGACGACGGGCAAGAGCUGGAGGGCCUCCACAAACGUUACGGAGGCUUCCUGCGCAGGAUCCGCCCAAAGCUCAAGUGGGACAAUCAGAAGCGCUACGGAGGGUUCCUAAGGCGCCAGUUCAAGGUGACCACGCGGUCUGAGGAGGAACCCAACGCCUAUUCAGGGGAGGUCUCUGACCUAUAGAUGCCUCCCAUUGCAGAAAACCACUUUCUUUUCCGGCUGCAAUACUUCCAAGUAGAGACUGUGUAGGUCAUCCAUGUCAACCGUUGCCUCUCUCCCCGUCAACUCCCAAUGCUCAGCCAAGCAGUGCUGGAACCCUUUGCCAAUUUGAUGAUAGAAAGACCAGUUUGAUGUCAUGAUGAGGAGGGUUUUCAAUGAAUUUGAGGGUGGAAUGUUGCAACUUUAGGGUUUGAGACCAGGGUGGGAAUCAUGUGCUCUCUGCAUUUCAUUGAACUCCAACUCCCAGUGUUCCUCACUACUGAGUAUGAAUGUAUAUUAAGUAUGAAUGCUAGGAGUUGCAGUGCAAGAACAUCUCAAAUCUCUGGUUUGGGCAGUUUUUGGAGAAGUUACAGUCAGUCCUCCAUAUUCAAUGAAGUAAUGUUUGCAGGAACCCCAUGGGAAUGGGGAAAAUGUGAAUUUUUACCUGAGUAAAAUAAAUAUAGAAAUCUUUAGUUUCUCCAAUGCAGAGGUUCUCAACCUGGGGUCCCCAGAUAUUUUUGGCCUACAACUCUCAGAAAUCCCAGCCAGUUUAGCAGCUGUUAGGAUUCCUGGGAGUUGAGGCCAAAAACAUCUGGGGACCCAGGUUGAGAACCACUGCUCUAAUAUGGAAGUUGACCCUUGAAUUGCACAGGGAGACCUUCAAAAGAGCGGAAAAUUGUUAUCUCUAGGAAUGUCUAGGUCAGGGGUCCUCAAACUUUUUAAGUGGAGGGCCAGUUCAUGGUCCCUCAGACUGUUGGCAGGACGGACUGUGAUGAAAUAGUCCAAAAUCAGGAUUGUUGUUGUUGUGUGCCUUCAAGUCAUUUCAGAGUUAGGUCAACCCUAAGUCUAAAGUUUAGGACAGAGGCCAGGGCCAUGGGUCUUAGUUUGGGGACCCCUGAUCUAGAUGAUCUCAUAAGACCAUAGGUAAGCAAAGAGACCUCCAAAGACCAUCUAGGUGGUCUCAUAAGACCAUAGGUAAGGAAAGGGACCCUCAAAGGCCAUCUAGAUGAUCUUAUCAGGCCACCAGAAGACCAUAGAUAAGGAAAGGGACCUCAAAGACCGUCUAGAUGGUUUCAUAAGACCAAAGGUAAGGAAAGUGACCCCCAAAAGCCAUCUAGAUGGUCUCAUAAGGCCGUAACUAAGCAAAGACACUUUCAAAGACCAUCUAAAUGAUCUCAUAAGAUCAUAGGUAAGCAAAGAGACCUCCAAAGACCAGGUAGACUUAGGUCAACCCUAAUUCUAAAGUUUAGGACAGGGGCUGGGUCAAUGACCUUGGAGGGCCGCAUCCGGCCCCUGGGCCUUAGUUUGGGGACCCCUGGUCUAGGUCCUUCAAUGCAACCCAGUGAUCAGCUUCCAAUGCAACCCUAUGGUUAACUUCUUAAUCAAAUCCAUGAAUAAUGAAAUCUGCAAAAGUAAAACCUGCAAAUGUGGAGUGAUGACUGGGUUUUUUUUUAUCGUUUCCAGGUUUGUGGAAGGGGGAGUGUCAGGCUGUCCAAAAAUGAACAAACAAAUAAACAAACGAACUCACAAAACAUUUCCUUGCUCUGGGUUUAGGGAUUGAGUCUCACCUCUCUGGAUUUGCCCACUAGAGACCAACCUAUAACUAGAUAGAAAUGUCAUCUGCCGCCUGUCUCAAAACAGAUAUUGAUUUUGCUUUUAGCCUUUCCCCUUAGAGAGAAGUGAAGGGAUUGAUUUAGUCAAUAAAAAUAAAGGAAAACAAAAUAAAAUAAAGGCAGGGCAUAUAAGAGCAGAGCACAACUGUAUGCCUAUUUACAUGGGAAUAAAUUCCAAUCGUUUCAAUAGGAACACCCCUUAAUAGAGGAGGGCAGCAGAUGAAACUACUUGAAAUGCUGUGGAAAUCAAAUGUGAAUAAAGAGCAAUAGAAAAACA